AUGAUCCCAUCAAUACCAACUCCAACGCCGCACAGCGCCUCGUUGCCCGACAUGCAGCUCACCUUCUGGGACCAAUACACGCUCUCAGCCGCUGCGCUGAGCUCGACGAUGCUCCUCAUCCUUCUCUACCUCCUUCUGCGCUCGCCCAACUCCUCCUCCGCCCCGGUAGGCUACACGCGUCUUUCCCAGGACACCGAGCACCCCGACGCUCUCGAUACGACCACAGAUAUCAAGCGUCAAGUGGACGACUACCCCCGAGCGCUUCGCAAGGCGCUCGGCACUCCCCUCAACCCCUCCGUCUACGAAUCAACCCGCUUGUACGUCCAUAUCACCCUCGCCAUCGCCUCCGUCAUCGGCCUCGCUAUCGAUGCCACCGCCAUCGUCACGCUCUUCUCCGCAGCACAAUGGCAGAACAGCAUCUACUUCACCUCGGUCAGUGCAGCGUCGCGGACGCUGACGGUGGUGCUGGCCAUGUUGGAGCUCCGACUAGCCGAAUCGACGAGAUUGAUGCUCGUCUCGCUGCUCAACGCGCUGUGGCUGUUGGCGCAGCUGCUGGUCAGCCUGACCGAAUUCAAGGCGGAGGAGAGUGGUCUGGCAGGCGAUACGAAUGGCGUGCUGCACGCGAUCAAUGUGGUGUGCGGAUUGGUGGUGUUCGCUGUGGCAUUCACUAGCCCGAGCGGACCAACAAUCGCCGUGGAGGGAACGGACAGCUUGGGCGCAAGGAACGUCACGCGCAACGCGAUCGGCGGCGGAUCCGUCGCACAGGAUGUAUGGGGCUUCCUGGCGUUGCCUGUUGUGCGCAAGGCGUAUAGCACGAAUCGUAUCGACGAGGAGGACAUCCCUGCGCUCGACUACACUUACUCGUCCGCCUACGUGGCGGACGAAAUGAUCCGGCAGUAUCGCGCCUCGCUCGCUGCGUCGCUUGCCAAGACGCCACGAGGCGCGAAACGCACCAACGCGGUCAAGGGUCGAGCGCUGCUCUCCGCACUCGUCAAGUGCAACGCCACCGAGCUCAAGAAGUUCGGAGUGAUGCUGGUCAUCGUCACGUUUGCCUUCUAUGUGCCCAAGUUUGGAAUGAGCAUUCUGCUCGAUGGCGUCGAACGCUACGAGGCGUCACUCAAGCAAUCCGGCGGCAUGGACACCAUCGCCAACCGGGCGCGAUCGACACUGAUCUACUCGGCCUUGUUCUACCUUACCAUGCUCGUCGAGACCUUCUUGAUCUACUACUACUUCCGUCCGCUGAACGUGUUCAUCAAGACACGGAUGCAGACGCAGCUAACGACGCUGCUCGCGUGGAAGCGAUUACGUCAAAAAGAGGCCUCCUCGCCAGACACCGCCGAGGGAGACCAUCCGAGCAAGGAGGGUACCCAAGAGAACGAGGAGAGCGGCACUGCUUCUUCGUCCUCCCAGGUGAUCAACCUGGUGACGACCGACGUGAACCGCAUCUUUUCGCGCAUCGACAUGUACGCCUUCGGCCUCAUGGGUCCUCUCGAGGUGCUCGUCGGUGGGUAUUCGGCCUAUGUGCUCAUCGGCAACGGCGCACUGAUUGGCCUGCUCGUCGCCGCCAUCUGCCAGCCUGUCGCUUUCAUCGUCGGCAAGUUCACCAAGCGCAUCGACGAGCGAUUGCAAAAGACGCGCGAUCGACGUGUCUCGCUCCUCAGCGAGGCCAUCCGCGCAAUCCGCAUGAUCAAGUACGAGGCGUGGGAAGACGAGAUGGCCGCCAAGAUCAUGUUCGAGCGAAGGGCCGAGCUCAAGUGCCAGGCGCAGAGCUGGAUCUUUUUCACCUUCUUCGGUGGGCUGUUUGCGCUUGUGCCCAUGUUGACGAUCGUUACGGCGUUCGCAUGGUACACGCUGGUCGAGGGGAAUCGGUUGACGGCGUCCGUGGCUUUCCCGGCCGUGGCGGUGUUGUUGGAGCUGAGGUUCGCGGUAAGCUACUUGCCGAGCAACUUCUUGACCGUGAUCCAGGGAUGGGUGUCGAUCAAGCGCGUGGCGGCGUACAUGGAGACGGGCGAGGUGGAGAUCCCGGAUCACGAAUACAGGCCGCAGACUGUGGCCGGGGCGAAGGACAUGGCUGCUCGCGCGUCGUCCGGCGUCAGUAGGAUCGCGUUGAGGAAUGCAGAGAUCACUUGGCCUGUCGAGAGCGACGGUGCUCCCGCCGCACCUCCCGCAUCGACCACAUUCACCCUGUCGAUCCCUGAUGCGACCUUCGAAGUGGGCCAGACCAACCUGGUCUGCGGCAAGAUCGGCUCGGGCAAGACGCUCCUCCUCCUCUCCCUGCUCGGCGAGGCCCACCUCUCCUCGGGCACCAUCCAGUGCCCACGCUCGCACCCCGCUGCGACGCUCCAUGCGGCUCGCACCUCUUCUCGAAACUGGUACAUCGAUCCUUCGCUCUCGGCCUACGCCCCUCAGCGUCCCUUCCUAUUCAACGCCACCGUUCGCGAAAACAUCCUCUUCGGCCUCGACUACCACGCCUCCCGCUACCGCGCCGUCCUCUUCGCAUGCGGCCUCAAACCCGACCUCAAAAUCCUCAAGGACGGCGACCGCACCGAGAUCGGCGAGGGCGGCACCAACCUCUCUGGUGGUCAAAAGGCGCGCAUCUCGCUCGCCCGUGCCAUCUACUCGCACGCUGGAACCGUGCUCAUCGACGACUGCCUGUCCGCGCUCGACUCGCACACCACCAAGCAUGUGUGCGAGAAGCUGUUCGACGGGGGUGAAGGCGGGCUGUUGGCGGGGAGGACGACGGUACUGGUGACGCAUCAUGUGAGGCUGAUGGCGCCGAGAUGUAAGAGGGUGUUGGUGCUGCAGGAGGGAAGGCAGGCGUUCUUUGGGAGUGCGGAGCAGUUUACAGCGAGCGCAUUCUAUCAAGGCCUGGAGAAUGAGGAUGACAAGCAGAAGGAGGAUGGUGAGGAGACACCCAACUUUGGAUCGAAUGCGAGCACUGCUGCCAACUCGGCGGCGAACAGCGAUGAAGAGGAUGCUGUCAUGGCUGACAGUGCCCAUCUCGACCCGGCAAAUGCCAGUAUGGGUGGAAACAAGCACGCAAAUGCCUCGACGUUCUCGCAGCGCACCAUCGGCGCCCGCAGAAAGUCGUUGGCCCACCAGCCUUCGAGCUCGGCAUUCAGCCAGCUAUCUGGCAUGCUCGACGGUGAGGCCGAUGGCGAGCCAGUCGCUGACGGCGAAGCCCACAAGCAGGUGACCGAGGAGAAGCGCGCCCAAGGCCGCGUCUCCUCCGCCGUCUACAGCAAGUACAUCCAAGCAGGCGGCGGUGUUCUCCUCUGGAUCGCUCUCAUCGGUUCUUUUGCUGGCAACUCCUUUUCGGAUCUCGGCGCCAACUGGUGGCUUCGAUCCUGGAUGCAAUCUCCUGUCGACGAGCACUCAACCGAAUGGUGGCUCGCACGCUGGAUCACCAUCCAGUCCGUGCAAGUCUUCACCAUCACCGCCGGCUACGCUCUUGUCUGCAUUGCCUCGCUCCUUGCUGGCAGUCGACUCUUCCAACAGCUCUUGCACUCGGUUCUCCGAGCACCGCUGCGCUUCCACGACUCGACCCCCUCUGGUCGCCUCCUCAACCGCUUCGGCAAAGACAUGGAGGCGAUCGACUCGACCAUCGCGGAAGAGCUCACGGAGGCAUGCAAGGCGCUGCUCACCUCGUUUGCCGCACUCGUCGCCACCUGGCUCGGCGGCGGUCCCAUUGUCAUUGUCAUCCUCGUCCUCGUCUCGCCUGUCUUCUACGCGCUGCUCGCGACGUUCACCGUGGCAGCGCGCGAUCUCAAGCGGCUCGACUCGAACGCCGCCUCGAAGCGCAUCACGUGCUUCACGGACCUCAUCAACGGUGUCGUCACCGUGCGCGCCUUUGGCUCGUCCGCAGCGUACUUUGCGACGCUCAUGGACAGGCUGGAUGAGAACAACGUGUUCUUCUUCUGGCAGGGAACCGUGAGGCAGUGGCAGAUGCUCCUCGUCAGCUUGGCUAGCAGCGGUGUAGUGGUUGCUACGGUCUUGGUGGUGACCCUGACGCCCGGGUUCACGGCCGCCAGAGCGGGUUUCACGCUGAGCUUCGUGCAGAGUCUGACGGCCACAUUGACGUUCGGUCUGCGCUCGCUGUCCGCCGUCGAGCAAGGUUUCGUCGCGGUCGAGCGCGUGAUGGAGUACUUUGACGUCGAGAACGAGCCUCUGGAUGCUGCACCGGCGAGCGUCGAGGGUGGCGAGGUGGCGGUGUCGCCGAGUUGGCCCGAGAAGGGCGCGAUCGAGAUCCGCGAUCUGCAUCUAGCGUACGCGGAGAAUCUGCCGGACGUGCUCGAUGGGAUCAACCUGUCGAUCAAGGCGGGCGAGAGGGUGGGCAUCGUCGGUGCCACGGGCAGCGGCAAGUCGACGCUUGUCUCAGCGCUGUUCCGAUUCUUCGAGUAUCGCAGCGGUCAGAUUGAGAUCGACGGUGUGGAUAUCGGGCGGAUUGGGCUCAAGACGCUGAGGAGCAGGAUGAAGAUCGUUCCUCAAGACCCGCUGAUCUUGUCGGGAACGCUGCGAAGCGCUGUCGACCCGCUCGAGCAGUACGCUGACGAAGACAUCACUCAAGUGCUCGUCCGUGUCGGUCUGCUCAAGGAGAAGCCUCUCAUCACCAACGGAUAUGGCACAUUCGACGCCCCACCUUCGACCAACGUCGUUCGCGAGGGCAACAGCACCAGCUCUUCCACGCUCCUAUCUCGCUCCUCGCCCACCGCCGACGACACCUCCGACGACUCGGGCACGCUCUCUUCUCUCGAAGCACGAAUCGAGGAGAGCGGCGGAAACCUCUCCUCGGGUCAGAAGCAGUUGCUCUCCCUCUCACGCAUUUUGCUCUCCGCCUCGUCCCCUGCCAACGCAAACAGCGUCGUGGUGCUGGACGAGUCCACCUCGUCGAUCGACUACACUACCGACGCCAAGAUCCAGUCGCUGCUGGACUCGCAUUUUGCCCAGCACAACACGACCGUGCUCGCCAUCGCGCAUCGAUUGCGCACGAUUAUUGGGUUCGAUACGGUCGUCGUGCUGAACCGUGGGAAGGUCGUGGAGAAGGGCAACCCAGUGGAGCUGCUGAGGAGGGAGGACGGUUGGUUUACGAAGUUGGCUAAGAGCACGGGCGAGGAAGAGUAUGCCUCGUUGAGGGCGCUGAUUGGAAUGUGA